AUGUCGAACACUGAGCAAUCCUUCCAGGCCGGCAAGGCGCAGGCCGAGGGCGAGCGCGCGGCGCAGUGCGUCAAGGGCGCCGCUGGCGCCACCGCCUGCGCCGUGGGCGACACCGCCGGAGCCGCGGCCGACAGCGCGCAGCUGCAGCAGCACCGCGCCGCCGGCGCCGUUCAGCAGGUUGCCGAGCAGGUGGCGCAGACGGCCCAGGGCGCGGCGGCGGCCGUCAAGGCCACGGCGGCGGGCGGCCACUGA